UAUGUUAGCAGCAUGCUAGAAACGUGUUACUCCAUGCAAGCAACACUUAGCUAACUGCUAAAGCAUAAUACACUGUUAACAACAUAUAUGUGCUAAAAAGUGCUAUAAAAUGGAAUGGCGUUCCCCUGGCAGAGCAGCCCCAACAUGCACCCGGGUGUGAGGCCACAUUUAUCGUUGCUUGCAGCUUUAAUUAUAUCUGAGAUUAAUGCCAUUUUGUGGAAACACAAGGAUUUCUAUUUUCAGAUUUUCACUUCACAACUUUUCAGAUUGUGUCAUGCCAGGGACUCUGAGCUGUGAUUUAUCCUCACAUGUGGUGCCAUAUUAUAAUCCAGGAUACUAAUAUCAUAAAACAUGGUAUUAACUCUUGGGUGCUGAAAAGAGGAGUCACUCUGAAGGGUACACUAUGCAUGUACUAUAGCCGUAAACAAACUGUUGCUGACUUGCAUUUCACAAAAAGGAAACUGUAGCCACAAACCUGCCCCAGAGCUCACAGUCCUGCAUUAUUUCAGACUGCAUGAGGCAGAAUGAUCACUAGAGGAAUGGGUCCAUACACACUGCAUUGUCUACAAUGGCAUCAUUAAGGAGCUGCAGUUUUAUCUGCUCUGUGUGGGUGCUUUUGUCUUUUCUUUCAGCAAUGAAAACAGAGAAGUGCAUUGAAUUGAAUCAGACAGAGACAAUCCAUCAGGGAAUGCCAACUACCAUCAACUGUCUUUACGGCACAAACAGAAGUGACCGUUUAACAGCAUCGUUGAAAAGAAACCAUUUGCUUUGUGAAUACGUCUAUCUCAAUAAAUCCUGGACUAAACGAUUCUGUAAUGACAACAUCAGAUUUGUAUGGAUUCCAGAAACAGAGGAAAUAUCAUUUCAGCUCUUAAAUAUUCAUAUGAACAAUACAGGCAUUUACACGUGUACUGUGGUAAACUACUUCCCACCUCCUACAAGCUGUUUGGGAGAGAAGAGGAUAUCCAUUCAUGUAAACGCACCUCCCUCUGUAUCUGUGUCAUGUGUGAAGGGGCCUGACGGAGCUCCCACAGUGCUUUGUGCUUCUGAGGGCUUUUACCCUGCUGAUCUGAAGCAGGCCUGGUUCAGAGAUGGAGAAUAUAUCAGUUACCUGAACGCUUCACUUAGACCUCUAUAUAAAGAAAACGUAAUCUCCUCUGAUAUCAGCUGGAACUACAGCAAAAACACAGACGGGUCUUACAGAGUCACAUCAUACCUUCACUUGUCUUCAAACAUAACAGUGUACUACUGCUGGGUGAAUCACUCAACUCUGAGCCAACCCAUCAUUGUUAACAUUUCCUCCACUGAGUGCACUGAGAGAGAAGAGAAAUUAACAGGGGUCUUUUUGUCAGUGACGGGAAUCAGUUGUGGUGUGAUGGCUAUCAUUGGGCUGAUCCUUGCAGGAUGUUAUCAAUGUCUCAAAACAAGAAGAUAUUCACGGUCUCCAGUAGAAGCACCUCCAUUGCCUGAGCCUGUGUCUCAUUCUACACUGGGGACAAUGGGGAACCAUCAGCCUGUUCCAGAGGUGUACUCAACACUGGGAAACAACGGGCCUGUUCUACAGGUGUACUCGACACUAGGAAACGACGGGCCUGUUCUACAGGUGUACUCAACACUAGGAAACGACUGGCCUGUUCCCCAGGUGUACUCAACACUGGGGAACCAUAAGCCUGUUCCAUGCAGGAACAAUAGCAAUGACACCACAUCUAUCUCUCUAUGACACUCACUAAACAGUCAAACACUUUAAAAUGUGUGACUUAUCUACCCACUGAAAGCUAUCCAAAUCUGAGGUAAUCUGAUUCUGCAUUUCACUCACCAAUUUGAAAAAGGUCUUGUGCAAUGUAGUUGGGUUAGAAAGAAACAAAACCAUGUUCGUUGUUAUUAUCAGUCAUUGCUAUUGUAAUUAUUAUUGUCUUUCAUUCUAAUUAUUGUCUUUUUCUCUCUCACCUAAUUUUUAACUCUUCCUUUCCUUCUCAUAAAUGUUUUUUGUUCCUUUUUGUUUUAGAGGUGGAUGGGAAUGGGUGUAUAUAGAGGGUAGGAGAUCCGCAGACAAAAAACAUCAUUCACAAAACACAGGUUUGUUGCUCAGAGCAUCUGGAAACAGCAGCUUAUGAAAGGAUUUACAAAUACCUGUUAACGUUUGUUGUAUUGUUUGUAUUUAGUGUUUUCUGUGUGUUUUAUUUUUAAAAAAUCAUUGUUCAGUGAAAAAUAAAUAAUAAUGGUACUGUGAUUUUUUUUGUCACAAAAGUCAAUAAGGGGUACAGUGUGCUCGCUGUGGUUAUUAGAACAAUCAACCUUAAAGUAGUGCCUGUUGUAUUUCUUUUGUCCCUUCUGUAGUUUAGAUUAUAACGAGCCCAUACUAUGUGUGAAACAGCCUGAGUUUAAUUAUUAAUAGGUUAACCUAAUAACCAUGAUGGAUCAUUGACUCACAUGACCUCUUUGAAAUCAGGGCCAGACUGGUAUUCCUCUAUUUCUCCUAACUAAAUUUUUUAAAUUUUUUUUAAAUGUCGCACUACAGAUACUGAAUAAUUCAUAGUAGUUGCCUUCCUCUCUGCCAUAAAAAAGUCAAUAUCAGUAAAUGAGCAAUAAAACUUUAUUGGGAAUUUACAUUUCUGAAUUCUUCAG